GAAAAGCUAAACGUCAAAAAGCAUGAGGUGGUAAAUCAUUUAUGCACAAUUACAUGGGCUUCUUUGCAGAUAGGCAUAAACCGAAGGCCAAAACUAAAAAACAGAGUGACGUUCACCCAAAUUCUCUUUCCUUGUUUCUCUUGGACGGUGAAGACCCAGAGGACACUGCCACCAGUCACCACCACUGGCUCUGCCUCUCUCUCCUCACUCGUCACUGUUGUGAACCAAAAUAUAAGAAUGACGGGAUUUGGGUCGUAUGGAAAUGGAGGACCUUAUCCAUAUUCAUCAUCGCCUUCAAGUUUGUCGGCUUUAGCGCCACCUUUUACUGUCGAUCGGUCUGUGCCCAAACCCAUGUCAAGCCCACUUGUGGAUGUGACCGAGACGCCUUAUGUUGCCCCCUUGAAUUCUUCUUCGCACAAUUGGCUUCCUUCUCACCCUCCCAUUACAGGGUCCAACUUCUUUGCCAAUCCUACCCCAGAGUUCAAUUCAUUGCCUUCAUCAAAUGCGUAUAGAUAUGCAGGCUCGCAGACUGUUGACCCACCCAAUACAACUUUGCCUGCUUUGAACACAAUUACACCCGCUUCAUCCAAUGCAUUUACAUAUGGUCAAUCCUUGGAUGCUGUUGCAACUAGUUUUGUUGAGGCCAAACCAUAUUAUCCCUCUUAUUUGUCACCUACAAUUCACGGGGAUAGUCCCUUGGUGGUUCCUGAUCAACCUAGUUAUGAUUGGCUAUCUACCACUCAUUUUGCUCCGUUGGAUGGCUGCUCUCGCAAGGAUUACACUCAAAGGCCGCCCGAUUUAAAGUAUACAGCACAGUGGGGUGGCUUGUGGAAUGGACUGUCAGAGUGGGAGCAGGGUAAACAGGGAGACUUUGAUGGAAGUUUCUGCUCAAAGAAAACUGAUGUAUCGGGCUCAUUUCUAUACAAGAAUUUCAUGAACCAAGAACCUCAUUCCUCCAAUAGCUUGAACUCAUUUGAAGAAGCAUCCCAUGGCAUCAAUACUCUGGGUUGGGAAAAGCCUGGUGGGUCUGGAAAUGCGCACUUAGGUGAUAAGUCCUUUGUGGGGAAAAAUUCCAAAUUCACCUCUUCUGACUUUUCAAAAUCUAUCAUGGGAUCCCUCUCGGUAGUUCCAGAACCCCAUCUUAAGGCACCAUCCUCACAAUGUGUCACUAAGACCUCAAACUGUAAAACACCAUACAGUGUGUCAUCUGAGACACAACAGCUUGAUGCUAGUCUGGAUUAUAUAACGUCCAUUUCAGAGUCGUCCCCUGCCUUUGCCACUAGAACACCAGCCCUUGGCACUAAACUUUCAGAACCAGAGACAGGUUUAUUCAGAAGGUUGAAUUUCAUAAGUGAUGCAGCUGAUACAGAUCAUGGUGAUUAUUAUUCCUCUGGUGUACAAGAGUCUCAUCCGCCACAAAUUUCUGAAGGAAAAGUUCUUUUCGAUUCAAGCCAGCUUGGCUUUCACCUUGGAACCAAGGAUUGCUUCUCUGCAGAAUCAUCAUCGGCAAGAAAUGAGGAGCUGUCAAAUAAUAGAAAUAUUAUCAACAAGGAUGCGUGGGAUAAAGUGUUUAAAGCGAAGCCUGUACUUCAAAAUUCUCAUGUUGGUCUUGAUGGUUUUAAAAUGGCAUUUAAAACAAAUGAAACCAUCAAUUCUUUUCUGAGUUCGUCUGACAAUGUAGAUCCUAAUAACCCAGGUGUGGACUCGCCAUGCUGGAAAGGAGUUCCUGGUAGUCGUUUUUCUCCAUUUGGAGCAUCUGAAGAUGGAGUACCAGAACAGAUAAAGAAACUAGAGGACUGCAGUGGUUUGAAUAUUCACAUGCCGAUGUUUCCACUAAAUGCUGGUGAAAAUGUUUCCUCCCAAAAGCCUAUCAAGAACGCAGUCGAAUACAAUGAAUUUGGGUGGCUGGAAAAUGGUUUGAGACCUCCUUUGAAGAGAUAUUCAGUUGCAAAUUCAGCUUUUGGAGAACAUAAAUGGGAUAAUCCCGUGAAGACCACCUAUGAUGCAGAAACAAGCCAUGAUAGAGGACCUCAAAGUUACAGGGAUGGCCUCCAUCAAUCAGGGAAUGGAGACAAGUCCUUGGGUCUCCUUGACGAUUGUCACACCAUGCAACAGGGUCAUGGAGAAGAUGGAUUAGCAACGGAAGUAAAGCAAACAUGGAGUUGUGUUGCAGAUGUGAAAUUGAAUGCAAAUGACACCAUGGAAUAUGGUUCAUCACAUGUGCCUUCUCGUGUUGUGGAAAAUGUAUUGUGUUCUUCUGCAGAGGAUGCUGCGACUAAGCUUUCCAAAUCAAAUUGGGAAGAAUCUAUGCUGAAAGUGGAUGUCCAGAUGCUUGUUGAUACAUUGAAGAAUCUGUCAGAAUUGCUGCUUACUAACUGUUCAAAUGGCUUGUGUCAAUUAAAGAAAACAGAUAUUGCAACCCUAAAAGCUGUGAUCAAUAACCUGCAUAUAUGUAUAUCGAAGAAUGUUGAAAAAUGGUCGCCUAUGCAAGAAUCACCAACUUUCCAGCAAAACACUUCUCAGUGUUAUGCAGAGUUAAGUGAGCAUCAUAAGGUUCUGAGUGCGGACAGGCCCCUGUCAGCAUCUGCCCCUAACAUUCAGGAUCAAGUUAUAGGUUCCAUUCAUGCGAAAAGUGACAUAGACAUGGUGAAAGAAGAUAAAAUGACCCAGGCUAUAAAGGAGAUUCUUAGUGAGAAUUUUCAUUCUGAGGAAACAGACCCUCAAGUUCUCUUGUACAAGAAUCUCUGGCUCGAGGCUGAAGCUGUAUUAUGUUCCGUUAAUUAUAAGGCUCGCUUUAAUCGUGUGAAGAUAGAAAUCGAUAAGUGCAAGGCAGAAAAUUCCAAAGACGUCUUUGAAUAUACUGCAGAUAUGAUGAAGCAAUCAAAGUCUGAGGUUUCCCCUGAUUCAAACCCAGUUAAUCCAUUAACACCUGAGGCUCAGGGUUGUCCAACUUCAAAUGUUCAGGAUUUACCUAUUUUAAGUCAGGAAGAUGAGGUUUUGGCCAGAUUUGAUAUCUUAAGGGGCCGCGUUGAGAACACAAAUUCCAUUAAUGCUUCCAAUGCGGGUGAAUCCAGCUCCAAGGCUUCUCCUGAACCCAGCAAGUUUGAGAGAAUCGCACCUGAAGCAAAUAGUACCCCAUCACCUGUUAUCUCCAUCCAGGAUUCUUCCAUAUCAAGCACAAUUGGGGUGACAGAUGAUUAUGAGGCUUCUGUUAUGGCGAGAUUUCAUAUCUUAAGAGACCGGGUUGAGAAAUCAAAGUUCAUUAGUGCUGUCAAUAUGGAAGAACCAUCAAGCCCCCAGGUUGAACCCAAAACUGACGUAAUUGUACCUGACAGAAAUGAUGGCUCAGUGUCUGAGUUCAAUCUUUUUCAGGACUCUCCUCUUUCAAUCACAACCAGCCAAGCAAAUGAUUGUGAGGCUUCUGUUAUGUCAAGACUUCAUAUCCUCAAAUCCCGGGUUGACAACUGUAGUGACAUGCAUACAGAAGGGCACCAACUGCCAGAACCCAAGAUUGAGGUAAUUGCACCUGACACAAGUGAUAGCUUAAUGCCUGAAUUCAGCAUCCAGGAUUCUCCCGUUUCAAGAGCAACCAGCCAAGCAAAUGAUUGUGAGGCUUCUGUUAUGUCUAGACUUCAUAUCCUCAAAUCCCGGGUUGACAACAGUAGUUACAUGCAUAGAGAAGGGAAACAGCUGCCAGAAAUUGGUGGUCUUGGAAAUUCUGGUAAGAGACACCCUUGGCCAAUUAUUAGCAAGAGAUCAGAGGGUGGAAGUUCAGAUAUAAAAGAGCAGCCUAUUUUGCGAAGUUUCAAAGCUGACAAUAGUGAAGGCAAGUUGGAUACUGCUAAGGAGUUCCAUCUGUUCGUUGAGGACGAUCCACUGACACAAUAUUUCAGGAUCCACAAGCCUGCAAAUCAGCUUCCUGCAGGCGGGCAUGAUAACUCUUCAUCAGAUUGGGAACAUGUCAUGAAAGAGGAGAUUUGGGGGCAGAACUGUUGAAUCUGAAGCUGGAAACCCAGAUGUACCUGGGUGGUGAACGAUUCCUCUUUCUUCUGUGCUUAAUGUCAUAUAGUGUCUGGGUAUAUGGUCGUGGUGGUUGCUUCAAACAGUAUAUGACUAUUUUUUUUAAAAACUCAAAAGUUAAAAAAGAGCUAAAUGACUCUUUGAUAUGUUAUGCAUGUACAAAGUUUUUGAACUUGUUUAAAUAUUCCGAACAUAUGUGUUUUGUAAUUAUCAGAAUUAUCAUCAUCUGGUCUUGCUGUCGAUCUAUCGUAUGGCCAGGUAAAAGCUUGCAUUUGAUCAUGAAUAUUGCAGUCUCAAGCAAAUGUUGUACGAAACAAUUUUACAUUUUAAGAUUUUGGCAUCAUAGAUGUCCAGUGUA